AUGUCGGCUAGCUACACACGCCUGUUCCGCAUUUUGUUCGUGAUCAUUUUCAUCAAGUUGCUCUUCCUUCUGGGACUCUUUUUGCACAGCUACGAUGGUGCUGCCCGGCUUCAGAGGUGGUCGCAUGUGGAUGUAUUUGAUGAACUGCUCGUAGAUCGGAGGCAAAUGCCUUCUUGGGAGCAGCGAUUGCGAUGGAUCCGCGAGGAAAUGCCGUCGUUUCCACUGGAAGAGCUCCUGGCCAGAGAAAACAGCCGAUUGCCUUCAGUGAAGUGUGGCCCCGCGCCCGAUUUGAUGAACAUUGAUUUUCACAACACCUAUUGGCAGAGGGCUAUUAAUGGCAACCUAACGUAUUACCUUUUUGCAGCCUACUACGACAAUAGGGAGGCGGUCCCAGAGGCGCCGCUUGUGCGCCUGCUGGCCAUGGUUAACCAGCACCAGGACAACUCCUUCAAGUACCCCGAAAUCUUCUGCCAAUUAUGGUUCGAGGGCAGGGCCGAUCCCGUGAUUGUUCCCGUUUCGGAGCACAAGGUAAUGUGGCCCUUCGGUCAUGCGCCUCGGCGAUAUUACCCAACGUUCUUGAGCUGCCCUUUGCCGGAGGGUGAGGAACAAUGGAUUGUUCCCAAGAUGGUUUCCUUGCUGGCUAACAAAUGCGACAAGGCCAGAAAUCUCCUGCGAGUGGUUUACGAAGUUGAUGAACCUACAGUGGCGGGAAAGUCCGUGGCUAAUGCCUCAUCCCCUACGUCCGCUGUCCCAUCCACGGAUCCCAAGUUCGUGGUUUGUGUGAAGGCGAUGGAUUUUCCAUAUGAAGAUAAGUCCUGGCGAUUGAUCGAGUGGCUGGAACUGAUGCGCUUGCUGGGGGCCCACAAAGUGGUGCUCUACGACGCUCAGAUGCAUUCGAACAUGACCAGGGUGAUCAAAGACUAUCUGGUCACAAGUCCUGGCUUUGUGGAGCUGCGUCGCAUGUCUUUGGGUAGAGGUGAGCCGCACGUUGGACCGCAUUUCCACCACUAUGCCAUGAUGGCCGACGGCUUCAAUCGGAUUUUGAACGAGAUGAUACCGUACAACGACUGCUUCUACCGCAACAUGUACAAGUUCGACUACGUGGGCGUGUUCGACAUCGACGAGGUAAUAAUGCCACUCGGAAACCAUACCACUUGGCCGGAGUUGGUCAAACUUGCGCGUAUUGUACCGGACUACGAGAGUCGCACUCCCGCGGACUGCACUGAGUGGGUUAGCUUCUGCUUUCGGAAUGUGUACUACCCCAGGUAUCCGGAGCGCCCCAAGGUCUACCGGAAUUUGUCGAGCUCGUUCUACAUGCUGCAGCAUGUGGAGCGUGUGCGCGAGCACUGCAAUCGUGGGGCAGCCGCCAAGUGUCUGCAUGACACUCGAUUUGCCGUUGGUCUGCACAACCACUUUACCUUUUUCCACACCGAGGAAGCCGCCUGCGCUGCCAAAUCGGUGCCCAUUGAGUUUGCCCAACUGCAACACUAUCGGGAACCUGACACCAAGUCCCUGCUGAUCGAUCCCAUUGUGGAUGCCAGUAUCUGGAGAUUCCAGCCGCAGCUGCAGGCCAGGGUUGAGGAUCGAUACCGGAGACUGGGCUUUCUGCCAACCGAACAGGAGUUGGCUAAGACCUUGGAGAAGCGUCGACUUCGGGAUGAACUGCAGUUAAAGGAGGCCGUGGGUGGAGCCUAG